GCCCUCCUCACAUUGUGCGUUUUGUUUCUUCUUUCUUUCUUCUUGUCUCCCAAGAUCCUUGCCAUACAACUAAAACGGGCUGACCAUUCGAAAGGGCCAUUCUGUGCGCACUGACGACCUAUUCCAUCACCCUCGCUUUCCUCGAAACAGACAACUUCACAGACGACGCCACCCCGCGUGACCUCAACCGCGCGGCCGCCCACGUCGAACUCCUCUGGGAACUCUUCGACCACUGGGCCCGGGCCGCCAUCCUCGUCGGCCUCGUCAACCUCGCCGCCGGCAUCCACCGUGUCUCCCGCAACGGCUCGGCUUUGUGGCACCGGCCCGUCCGCUGGCUCACCACCUUCAUGGCAUUUGUCAUCUUUGCCGUCUCGGCUGCUUACUAUGGCUAUUCCGUCAACUUGAUCGUUUGGCUCCAGGGGCUCGGCGGGACGGGGGCGGGGGAUUUCCAGACGCAGGACCAGCUGGCUACGGCGACGAGCAUUAUUAUUUGGAUCACAUCGCUUGGUGUCGGUGCCGUGUCGAUUUUUUCGUGGAUGUUUUCGACUGGAUACCGUUCGCUCUCCUCUCUCUUGGUUUUUGCCAACUUCCUGAACCUCAUCGGCACUACGUGGAACAUGGUCUUCCACAUCCGCUACAGGCUCCAGGGCCACACGCCUCCUUUGUACGUCGGUAUUCUGCACGCCAUUCUGGCCAUGUGGACUUUUGUCGCGGUCCUCGUCCUCGCCUGGUGGAUUCUUGUCCGUAAGGCUGGAGGUAUCUGGUCAACCGGCCGGUACGGGAGGAAGGACGUAGAGGCGCGCCGUUACUAGCUGUGCCAACCAUACCCAUGUUAUAAGCCGUGUU